CGAAAAGAGGACAGUACACCUGAAAAAAUGGACUGUUCUCUUAUGAUCUCUCCUCCUCCGCCGUCUCUUGAUAAAUUUCCGCGCACUAAUUUUCCCGCGCAGUUUUCUCACUUUUUGCCGCCGCAACUGUUCCGGGUAAUACCUCACCGAGUUUCCGCGGCAAUUUCCAUAUGCUCCUCUCAAGUUCCGUCGCGCACGGUUCCUACGGUUACCAUAUCCUAUAACGAGCUCAAGGACAAAUAUUCAGACUUAUCCGCUAAAAUUGAAGAAGGAUUUGGGCCGAACGGCCUUGGUAUUCUAUCAGUUUCAGACGUUCCUGAGUAUACUCUAUUGCGCCAAAAUCUACUUCUUCUUUCACAUAGAUUAGCAAACCUCCCUGAAAGCGUGAAAGAGGAACUGGAAGAUCCCGAUAGUAGGUACAACUUUGGAUGGAGUCAUGGAAAAGAGAAGCUUGAAUCUGGAAAGCCAGAUACACUGAAAGGAUCCUUCUAUGCAAAUCCAAUAUUCGAUGUGCCAACAACUGAACCAUCCCUUAUGGAACGAUAUCCAUCAUAUUGCAGACCCAAUAUAUGGCCUCAUACCACUCUUCCAGAACUUGAGAUUGCUUUUAAAGCGCUAGGUAAGAUGAUUCUUGAUGUUGGGCUGUUGUUGGCUCAACAUUGUGAUCAAUACGUAUCCUGCAAGAUAACAGCAAAUGAAAAUCGUGGCCUUGAAAAAAUACUACUUCGAUCUAGAUGUCAUAAAGGCAGACUGCUCUACUAUUUUCCUUCCCAGCAAAGUAGCUGUUCCCAAGAUGAUGAGUCAAUGUCAUCUUGGUGUGGUUGGCAUACUGAUCAUGGUUCACUGACAGGUCUUACAUCUGCCAUAUUUAUGAGAGAUGCUGUAGAAAUACCUUGCUCUGAUAAUGCUGCUGGCCUUUAUAUAAAAACGCGUACCGGCCAAGUAGUUAAAGUGAAAUAUGGUGAAGAAGAAAUAGCAUACCAAAUUGGUGAGACAACUGAGAUAUUGUCAAGAGGUCUGCUCUGUGCAACACCACAUUGUGUUCGGGCACCAAAAGGGGAGGAAGCAUCUGGUGUUGAUCGCUCAACAUUUGCACUGUUCAUGCAGCCAGACUGGGAUGAAAACCUAAACUUCCCAGAUGGUGUACAUAUUCACAAGGAGCUGAUUGCCUCCUCCAAUGGCUCUCUGACGUUUGGAGAAUAUACAGAGAAGCUGCUGGACAAGUACUAUCACCUCAAGCAGUAAUAAUAGUAAAAGCUCAGACCAGUAAGACAGUUCCAAUGGUUGUUUUAUGUUAAAACAACAUCCAAGCCUUGUUUCCAAAAGAUUUUGAGGUCGGCUAACAUGAAUCGAGUCAUGGUAAUGAAUGUUUUUAUGGUAAAUAAAUAAAUUAAUAAAUAUAUAAACAGUACUUUGUAUUGUUUUAUAAAUAUAUAAACAGUACUUUGUAUUGCUCUUAUAAUCAACAGCUAUUUACAUGUAUAUUGAGCAUAUUCAUAAUGUACAAAAUUGUAACCAUUGGGUAUGAUACUAUGAUGAAUCAAUGAUGAUUGUAAGCGAGAAUUUGUUAUGUAUGAUUUUAGGACAAAU